AUUUUCUGCAACGAGCGAUUCCAACAGUGAUAUCCAGGUUGCCCACCAUGCCGGCAACACGGAAGGGCGGCUCUCGGCGGUUUGCCGAGUUUGACGAGAAGAUUGUGAAGGACUACGAUCCCGAAAACGAGGUUCCCGAUAACGAUGACGGGAGCGGGAGCGGGAGCGAGGACUCUGGCGACGAUCUCGCCGGCACCGAACAUUAUGUCGCGGUUGGGAAGAGCAAGCUUCGUCAAAAAGAGGCCAUCUCAUUAGGCCCUCAAUAUCGAGGGACGCGCGUCAGCAGGGCUGCUCUGGAAGCGAGUAGCGGGGAAGACGACGGGGGCGAUGACGAGGACGAAGACGGCGACGAGGAGUUUGACGACCCGGAGACGGCGGACCUCGAGGCCGACCGCAUCGACGAUGACGCUUCGAUUAGCAGCGACAAUGCGCUCUGCGAGAGCGACAAGGAGCAUCUCAAGGGCUUCGUCUUUCGCGGCAGCUCCAAGCCUAAAGUGCCCAAUGGGCGAAUCAAACGGAGGCCGACCGCCGCAGACUUCAUGUCUUCGUCGGAAGAGGAGGGAGAUAGCGCCCAAGAGGACGGCUCUGAUGCUGAAGAGGAUGAGCUAGAUGGGUCAGAGGAAAGGUCCGAGCUUGAACAGGACGGCGCGGAGCUUUUUGAUUUGGAGGCCGAGGAGAGUGAGGAAGACGAGGGAGACGAGGAAGAUGAGGAAGAUGAGGAAGAGAGCGGGGAGGACCUUGAAGGGGCCGAAGAUGAAGAGGACGAGAAAGAGGAGGAGGAAGAGGAGGAGGAAGAUGCUAGUGGAAAGUCAGACGAUGACGGCGAUGACGAACGCGCCCAACUGCGGAGGAUGGCCACCGAAGGUCAUAAGAGCAUCUUGGCGGCCAUGUCACAGGCCGCCAGAGCCGAUGCGGAAAAAGGCAUGGCUGUCCGCGUGCAGCGUCGAGCCUUCGACUCCAUCUUGAACCUGCGCAUCCGCCUACAGAAGGCUCUGGUGGCCGCAAACUCAUUCAACGUGGUCGACAACGACCGCGAAAACGGCAUGGAAGCCUAUCAGGCGGUCGAGGAGGCGGCUGUCAAGCUCUGGAACACGAUCGACAGCGUCCGGAACAAAUUCAUGCCUGAGAGCAGCAGAGCCAAAAUCGGAGAGAAGAGGAAGCGCGAGAUUGACGUGGACACCGCAAGCAAAGAGAUUUGGGAAAGCAUGCAAAUAGCCGAGGACGUCGCUCUCGCCCACAGGCGGAAGGUCUUGGACAAGUGGUCCGAGAGAGUGAAAAAGAGCAACGCGGCGCUCUCGACAAGGAAACUGAUCAGCUCAGAGACCCAGACCCUCGUCUCUGCCUUGGACGAGCAGCUGCUGGGUUCGGAGCGGCUGAUCAAGCGCGCGCGGACGCCCCGUUCCUGUGCACCCAUCCAGGCGGCCAAGAAGGUGGAAGAGGACGCGGAGAUCUACGAUGACGCCGACUUCUACCAGCUGCUCCUCAAGGAGCUGGUCGAUCAGCGGAGCUCAGAUACGGGCGCCCCGGGAGAGACGGUGGCGACGGUCCGGUGGGCGGCGCUCAAGGAGAGCAAAACCAGGAAGCAUGUGGACAGACGGGCCAGCAAGGGAAGGAAGCUGAGGUAUACGGUGCACGAGAAGCUGCAGAACUUCAUGGCGCCCGAGGACCGCCGGUCUUGGGAGGAGCACGCGAUAGACAGGCUGUUCGGGGCGCUGUUUGGGCAGAAGAUGGAGCUGAAGGAGGAGGACGAGGUGUCGGAUGACGAGAUGGACGGUCUCAACGUCGAGGAAGAGGGCCUGCGGCUGUUCCGGAGCUAGUGUAUAUCUGCCCCUGUAGGAUACAAUGCACAGAGGAGGUCGAAUUCCCAUCCAGGCUCCGUCCCUCCGGCCCUUAGCCCUAGAGCCCCAUCAGCGCAGCCAACCCACUCCCCAACAGCGCCACCAAACACAUUACAUGAACCACGAAAUGCACCGGCGGCCCGCCCAGCACCUUCUUGUCCUCCUCCCCACCGCCACCACCACUCCUCUUCCCCACCCGCCUCCUCCUCAUCCGCACCCAGGCGCGAUAGAUGGGCCAGACAUGGUACGUGCCCAGGCACAGACACACCUGCGCGACCAGCGAGUCAUCGGCAGAGGCAGCGGGCCGCGCGAGGAGGAGGACAAGACACAGCAGG